AUGGCUUCUUCAGCUUCACUACUAUUUUCUGUGGCAGCUCUCUUGCUCUUGGUUAGUUUCAUCCGAACCAGCGAUGCUAAACUCAACGGUACACUCUUCAUGGAACAAAUCUUGGAUGGUCACAAUGCAGCUAGGGCCGAAGUAGGAGUACCACCACUUACAUGGGACCGCAACUUGGCUGUAUUCGCUAGAGGUUACAUUGAUGAAGAUAGACGUGCAGACUGCAAAUUGCUUUACUCAGAACGUUGGUCUUUUGGAGAAACAAUCUACACCGGUCCUCGUAAUAUCACUGCUGAAGACGCCGUAGCUUAUUGGGUGUCCGGAAAGCAAUGGUAUACCUAUCCGGAUAAUACUUGUGCUGCAGGUAAAGACUGUUCAGAUUAUACCCAAGUUGUAUGGAGAACUACUAUUCACGUUGGUUGUGCACAGAUUAAAUGUGAUACAGGUGAUCUCUUCAUUGCUUGCGAGUACUAUCCUCAUGGAAAUUAUGCCGGAGCACUGCCUUAUUAG